UUCUUCUUCUUCUUUCACUGCGGCGCCCUCCUCUUCUCAGUUCUCACUUCUCACACAACUCGCAACCCUAAUAAAGCGCAAAAAAGGAAAAAGAAAAAUCGCCACGGAAAAAUCCUCGCUGCCCCCCAUCGGGCAGGAGCAACCGCCGCAUCGGCCCCCGAUCCGGUCGCCGCCGCCUCUCGCCCGGUUCAUCCGCCGCUUGCCAACCCCUCCGCUCCCAGCAACCCUAGUCCCCCACCCCAACGCCGCCGCCAGCUCAGCUCGCCUCGCGCGGGGCGCAGCCGACUCUCUACUUGUGGCCUCGGCGGCUCGGGCCCUCUCCGGAUUCCACGAUGUCUGAAGAUGCGUCUGUCGGGGCCAGCAGUUCAACAGUAAAAGCUGGCGAUGAUCCAGAGGCUACCAUUGAGAUCAACAUCAAAACCCUGGAUUCACAAGUUCAUAAGCUCCGUGUUAAGAAGAAUGUACCUGUUCUGGUCCUUAAAGAGAAGAUAGUAGAGGCAACCGGGGUUCCUGUGGACCAACAGCGGUUGAUUUUUAGAGGAAGAGUCUUAAAGGACGAUCACCUGCUAUCAGAAUAUCAUUUGGAAGAUGGGUACACAUUGCAUUUGGUUGCUCGGCGUGCAGCUGCUGAAGGCCAACAUUCUUCUGGUACUUCUGAUGAAAACACCCAUGCUAAUGUUAAUGUUGCUGGAAAUGGACUGUUAGGAGAUAUCUCCAGGGAAAUUAUAGAGGCUAUGCAUUCUGAGGGGAUGAUAGAUGACCUGGCUAGGAGUGUUCGGGAUAUCCUUGGCUCCCUAGGUCUUGCGACGCCUGGUGGCAUGACAAACACUACAUUUUCGGUGCCUUUAACCACUGCACCAGAAGGGGCCAAUAAUGUCAAUGGAAGAACUCAACCAGGGAAUCAUGCACAACCAGGGUUUUCAAUUCUGAAUCAUCAAAUCCAAGUAUCACAACUACAACCAGCAGGCUCUAUUCCUCGCAACAUGGUUAUUCCUGAUUCUCUCACAACUCUUUUGGAGUAUAUCAACCGCAUGGAUCAAGUACUACAGAAUAACGGCACACCAUCUGUUGAUACAAAUACCCAGCAGCCACCAAGAUCGGAUGAUGCUUAUCUAAAUCAAAGAUUUCCAAGUCCUGAGGUUCUGGUGUCAGUCAUUGAAAGAGCCCAACAACUUCUUGGUGGCAGUGCUGCUUCUGCUCUUUCACAUCUCGCACAACGAAUCCAGAGAGAUUCUGGCACCAGUGAUGCAUCUAUACGUAGCCAGAUCCAGAAUGAAUCAGCUCAGCUGGGAGUAGCAAUGCAGCAUUUGGGUGCAAUGUUUUUGGAGCUUGGUCGAACAAUGAUGAUGCUUCGGAUGGGGCCAUCCCCUGCUGAUGCUUUUGUCAAUGCUGGAUCUUCUGUUUAUAUAAACUCUGCAGGACCGAAUCCAAUCAUGGUUCAGCCAUCUUUUCAAAAUACUCCUCCUUUUGGAGUUUCGAGCAUACCAGUCCUCGGUGGAAUUUCUGGUGCCUUUGGUAUUGUUGAUCCUUCUCGUACAUCUGCUGUCAAUACCCAUGGUACUUCUACAACAAGUGGGUCAUCUGCUGGUAUGACCACUGCUUCUGCAGGCGCUGUCAAUGAAGGUCGUCAAAAUGUGGAAAGAACUCAAGGAGGUAACCCAUCUGCUACCUCAAUGCAUGGAUUGCCAGCAAGGACAGUUAUUGCGGCUAUUCCUGCACGGUCCACGGCUGAGGCUCCAAACCAUGUCCUGAGUGUUAUCCUGCCUGUUCAAGUGAGGAGUCAAGUAGCAAUGCCUAAUCAAUCAACAGUUUCUCAAGGUUCUCAGACUGCAGUGGGCGGUGGAUCUCAACCACAAGCCUCUGUAGGUGGUGUUGCUAGCAUUCCUUCUAUAGUGGCACAGGUAACUGCACAAGUAGCCAAUGCAUUGAGUGCAAAUCAACAAGGCCAGGUUUCAUCAUCUGCGCAGAACACAGUAGAUCAGGGAUCUCGCUCGGUCACAACUAAUGGAGUUGACAAUGUGGAUUCUCUGGUAUCAGCAAGUACGCAACUGCAAAAUGAGCUGUCAGAUUCUAACAAUGGACGCACUUCACUAAAUGCACAAUCUCUUGUAGCUGGAGCAGGUAUUUCUCCUUCAAACACAUCUGAUCCCAAUUUAGCAUCGGAAGACAGCAGCACUGAAAAUGCUCCCAACAUCGGCAGUAUUCAACAACAUCCAGAGAUGGAAGGGAUCCAUGCAGAUAAUGUCAGAAAACCUUCUGAGGAAUCAACAACAGCCAACUUAGUGGGGCAGAUCACAACCACCUGUACAGAUGAUAUUUCUGUGAACAGAUCAGCAGAAAAUUCUUCACAGAAGAACAUUCCAUUGGAUGGAGUAUCUGCACAGUCCAUUAAGCCAUCUGCAAGUAGUAGGUCUGAACCAGUAGGUCUUGGUGGAGGUUUGCAGCCUAAGAGGCGGAGCAGAACAGCAAAGCCACCUGGGAGUAGCAGUGAUACUGGCGAAGUCGUCAAUUCCUCUCGCAUCAGCAAUAGCCAAAAUGCUGUUUCAAUGGGCCAGCAGGUUCUGCAAGCCCUUGCUUCUCAAAAUACUAAUGUAAACAGAAGCCAUGUUACGGAUUCUCCACUUCCAUCCACUACUUCUCAGUUUUCUGGUGGAAUGCCUCCGAGAAGACAGGGUGGUGAAGGACAAGUUGAUUUUGGCAGUAUGAUAUCCAGUGUGCUAAACAACCCAGCUUUUGGCAAUCUGUUGUCCAAUGUAGCAGAGCAAACAGGCAUGGGUUCCGCAGGUGAUUUGAGAAACAUGGUGGAAGAGUGUGCACAGAGCCCUGCAAUAAUGGAUACUAUGAGUAAUUUAGUCCAAAAUGUGGAUGGGUCAGGAAGAGGUCAAGGUGGCAUUGACUUGUCUAGAAUGAUGCAGCAAAUGAUGCCUGUUGUAUCCCAAGUUCUUGGUGGAGCUGGGGCUCGUCCUGCUGGUACAAAUAGUGGACAAUCCAGAUUGCAGCCUCGGCGCAGUGACAUGAGAGUGGAUGAUGCUUCAGAUUAUGGAAAUUCUCAGAUUGAUCUACACCAAGCUCGUGAACACAUUGAGCAACAUGACUCCCCCAGGGAUAUCUUCGGUGCGGUCCUCGAAACUGCUGCACAGGCUUAUGGUGAAGAUGAGAGUAUUGAGGACAUGCUUGAAGAGCUUGUCAGUGACCCAGAACUUACAGAUGACUACCUGAAACUUCUGCUCCAACAAGUUCGCCAGAGGAUACAGUCGGCAUCUCAAUCCGGGAACCAGUCUUGAGCAAUCAUGGCAAAGAAGGUGAUCCAGAUAUAGAGGUGAUUGCAUAGGCAAGGUGGUUGAACCAUGCAGGUAUUCACUGCAGAGUUUAUAUUUUAUAAGUUGAAAAUGGACAGAACCCAGUGUUUGGUUUGGUGGUCAUGAUUAGGCGCCUCCGUGGAUGUACAUGUGCCGUGUUCUCUAAUUUUGGCCUCAGAGAUGAUGUUUACACCACCCACUGCACUUGCUUUAAAUGUUUUACAGAUUUUGUUAGUGGUACAUAGCUAUCAUCAAGAGCUUUAGAUUUCGUGGAAUUUAUGUGGUUUGCUGAUCUGUCGGUAAUUUAAAAUCGUUUGUCGAGGUGGUGUUUUUUGUUUGUCA